UAAAAAUCUUUAUCAAGAAUGUCGCUUUGAUACACAAGUUUAGAACCACGAAUCAAAUAUUUCGACCAUUCGCAAUUCAUCGGCCACGUACGAUAUGAAACGGAAAUCAACCGAGAUGUUCCGAUUACUCUAUAAACAAACAUGGGCGACAGUGGGGAUGCACAGCUGAACACAGCAACUGAAAAGUUGGAUUUGUCUGACAUGUCACAUGCUGCUGCAACAGAAAAGGCUCAGAAAGCUGUUGAUGAACUGUAUGACUUCCGAGACCACUACUUUGCAAGAUUUGGUUUAGAAAAAUCUGACAAGAAAAACAAAUAUGUUGAGACCAAAAUGGAAGAAGUUCUUGAUCUCCUGGAGAAGCUGAAAGGUAAAAUUGUAAACAAAGCUCAGUUUUGCAUGCUGAAAGGAAAGACGCUCAACGUAAUGCCAGACUACAGCAACGAAGCAAUGGAAAUAUUGUCAAGAGCAGUGAAAUUCGACCCUAAACUUGUGGAAGCUUGGAACCAUUUGGGAGAAUGUUACUGGAAAAAUGGAAAUAUUCCAUCAGCGAAAAACUGUUUCACUGGAGCUUUGAAUUAUCAAAAGAACAAAGUAUCUCUGCGAAAUCUCUCGAUGGUUUUGCGACAGCUGAGCGGACCACCGGCCGAGCGUGUUCGACUCGUCGAGGAGAGUGUGGACAAAGCUAAAGAAGCCAUUCAGUUAGAUAUUAAAGAUGGCGUUUCAUGGGUGAUUCUUGGAAAUGCCUACCUGUCUCUGUAUUUUGUGAGUGGUCAGAACCCAAUGUUCCUAAAGCAGUCUAUGAGUGCAUAUACACAAGCAGAAAAAGACCCAGUAGCUCAAGGCAACCCUGACUUGCACUAUAAUCGAGCUGUGGCAUAUAAGCAUCAAGAGGAAUAUCAGCUUGCUCUGAAUGGAUUUACUCAGGCUGGACAGUUAGAUCCAGGCUGGCAGGAUGCACUGGACAAGGAAAGAGAACUCCUGCAGUUUCUGCGAGGAGUGACAGAAAUGACACAGACAAAGGGUAAAAUGAAGACGAAAAAGCUUGAAUCUCUUGUCCAGUCUCUGUCUGAUGACGGGGACCUCGGCCCCUACCACGGAGGAAGUUACACGGGGGCCAAAGGUCAGACAAUCAGGCUGGUCUUGUUAAAACUGCACGAGUUGCAGCCCAACAUUAACAAAGAGACGGUCGUGUUGGGGAAAGUAGUGUGCACCAUCAUAAACCCUGACCAGGUUCCGUUUACGUUUUGCAUGGUGGACUGUGAAGGCACGUGUGUUCCAGUGAUGGUUUACAAUAUUGCUCAGGGCACUGGAGUCAAAAUUGGCGACUCAGUCGCAAUACCAGAACCCUACAUACAAACCGUAGAUGUCACUCAUAAAGGAGAGAAAUUCAACUUCAGAAGUAUAAGAGUAAGUACUCCAGUUGUGAUGGUGGUGAACGGGAAGAAACUCGGAGCUGACAAACAGGCCCCCAUUGUGUUGUCUUUGAACACGAUAUCAGACUAGUUACAUCUGUUCUAUUCAUUCGGGGCCACCAAACAAGGACUCACUGUGUUGUUUUUAAAGUCUGCGUAGGACUAAGUUACAUUUGAUCCAUUCAUGUGUUCAAGGACCUGCAUCUUAAAAAUACUGACGACCUCGGAGAAAGGUCAAGUUUUCAAGUGAAUUGAAGAUUAAAAAUAUCGACAGGUCUCCGAGUUAAGAGUGACAAGCAGGAUGGUCGUAAUGACUGAGAAAGUAGACGGCUGUUCAGAUGACCAGAAAAUAUUACCAGUUUUCUGAAUAGUUUUUAUAUACGCAUGUUAUGGUGUGCUGUUUCUGUGGCAUAUCUUUAUUUGAAAAUGUGGGGACAAAUACAACAGUUCUACUUCUCUUGAAGUAAGGGUUCAUAAAACAAAGUUACGCUUUGAAUCCUAGCUUUGGCAAAGGGUUCGUAAAACAAAGUUACCUUUGAAUCCUGUAUUUUUGGCAAAGGGUUCAUAAAACAAAGUUACGCUUUGAAUCCUAGCUUUGGCAAAGGGUUCGUAAAACAAAGUUACCUUUGAAUCCUGUAUUUUUGGCAAAGGGUUCAUAAAACAAAGUUACUCUUUGAAUCCUAUCUUUGGCAAAGGAUUUGUCAACCAAAGUUACUCUUUGAAUCCUAUCUUUGGCAAUGGGUUCGUAAAAAAAAGUUACUCUUUGAAUCCUAUCUUUGGCAAGAGGUUCGUAAAACAGUUACUCUUUGAAUCAGAUCUUGGCAAAUAUAUGAUUACCAAAUAAUUAUGAUAUAAAACUUCAGAGCUGCUUAGUGUAUGGAUUGAUAUAGCUCAGCGCUCAGAUAAUAACAUUCAGGGUUAACGCUGCAACCUAAUUUGACGAAUUUGCUAAAGCGACGUUCUCAUUAUGCGAUUAGUCGCAAGCGAUAUGUCGUAGCGACUCGAAUUGUGUGUGUGGGAAGAUGUUACGUCAUAACAUUUGAUGACGUCAAACAAAGCUCAUCAGUUUUAAAAUAUUUUGCGGGAAAUGUAAGUGCCUACAAAUUUUCACCGAUAUAAAGAAAACAUGAAUGUAGACAAUUUACUGAUGGCAUUAUGUAACAACUCAAAUAUUGACCACAUCUGGACAAUAAUAGGUUUUAUAGACCCAUGAAAUCCAGAGAUUUUGAUAUGUUAAUAAGCAGAUGAAAAAACACGGAAGUGACAGAACUAAAGGAUUGUACUUUAAUGUGAUUUGAUUGGCUGAGAGCAUACAAUUUGUCGUGAGAAAUAGAACAUGUUCUAAUCGGUACGACUUGUCGUGUAAGACUAAAAUCGUUCCAAUUUGGGUGUCCUCACAGUACGAUUCAAUCGCAUGCGACAAAUCGGUACGACUAAUUGCGUACUGAGAACACCCCUUAAGAAAAGUUGGGUGGCCAAAUUAAAAUUUCAUUUAGCAUCUGUAAACGACAGUCGGUUUUCGAAUGAGCUUUUUUAAGAAUUAAUGAAGUAUAUUCACACAAAUUUAUUUGGCAAUCGACAGCAUAAACCCCCGACAUUGACUUGAGUGACAACAGGAUCAGCAAGACCGUCAAGACGGUGGCCCAGUGUUCGACAGAUGUUUGAGAAAGUCAGUAACCCUCCCAAAAGCUUCUGCAUUACUGUAAUAAAAUUGAUAAAUUCCACUAGUCCAGACCCAAAACGGACAAAGGGCCAGUGUAUUUGUCAAAUCCCGAGUGCAUACGGUCUAAAAUAUACCAGUCAUGGUUGGAAUGGGAGAAAACCUGGCAAUCCUGUGACCCAUCACACCAAGAGUGUGCACUUUACUAUUGAGCUACAUGUACAUCACACUCCAUUUAAAAAGGGAUUCAAUUUGUGGAAAUUAAAAGUAUAUUGUGAUAAAAAAAGAAAGAAAAAAGACAGCAAGAAACUGGGGGUUUGUGUAAUAGCAAACUGUAUAUUUUAUUAAUGUUGGCCAUGUUAAAGGUGUCACAUCAAGGUGUGACAUUAAGGAACGAUGAUGAUAGAAACCAGGAACGUAAAUUCAUUAGUGAUUUUGUUGUCGCAUUUAACCGUCAUCUCAUUUAUGUGCCUGCUGCUUACAGAAUUAAACUAUUUUUGUAUA